UGCACCAAAUUAGUGAGAGUUUUACUUUCAAACCGUACGGACACGAACCGGAGUCCGGACUGUCGGUGCUCGAGCGCGGCUAACUGGAGUGAAGUGGAACUGAUUCUGACUGACUGACAGACUGACUGACUGACUGACUGGUUGGUUGGUUGUCUGGCUAACCGCCUACUUCGGUCGAUACGAUUUCGGUGUAGUUUCGGUGUGAAAAUGACGUGAAGAACGUGAAUUCGGUUUUCUAAGGGGGGAACGAAAAGUCAACAUUCAAAGUGAAGAGCAAUUGUGAAACCGUGUCGAAAUUGACGCUAAGAAGGAUUUCACAGUAGAACGUAAUAAGGAUUACUUUCACGCUUUCGUGGUCCGGUUGUGGUUCGGUGCGGUGAGAAAAGCAUAAUGAAAGUGUUUCCGUUGACCCGCCGCCGUCACAGCGGAGGUCGUUUGGGUCGGAUCGGCCGAUAAAAUCUUCCGAAUCUGGGAAAUUGCUGUUUCCGUGGGCGCUGCUCUCUCCGGGUCGACGUUUGGGACGUAGGGGGUGAAAAAUGUCCCGGUGAACGGCCGAUCAAGACAGUCCCCACUGAUCCGAAGACGGGAGCGAUAAUCGCGAUAAGCAUCGAACGCAUCCGGAAAUCGAUUUCGUGCGCGGCAUCUUUCCACGGUUUGAUGGAAAUUCAUGGUUUUAAGUGAAUCGCAAGAUAGCGGUGUUUUGGUGCUCGGCGAAGCUGUACUGAACCGCACACCGACCGACCGACCGACCGACCGCCCGCCCGCCCAAGCAAAACGUGGUUUGAUUAUACAUUAGAUUUCGGUUCCGGUUCCCCUCGGGUCGUCUACCGAAAAUAAUAGCGGAAGAAUCCUGCUUCACAGCCGGUUGUUCCUUUGGGGGUGGCGGUUGUUGUCAGAGUGGUUUUUGGUUGAUACAACAAUACUUGGUCAAUAGAGAGAGAGAGAUAGAGGUGGUGCUGCAAAUGCGAUCUUGCCUGGUGUGAAGUGAUAAAUUAAUUAAUUUUCUCACUCCCGCAGCACAAUCGUUCGAGAUUCGUUGCGGUUGCCGGUGGUGAAGGAGAGAGGGCACGCAGUGGUCGGAAAAUCCCCAGAUAAGAAGAAUACAAAAGUUUUUCUCGCUCUCUGUGUGUUGCCUCCGGAUGGCAUCCAAUGUUCCGAAUGGGAGUGUAUAAUUAAAGAAAGAAAAGUUGUAGCCAGAAUAGAAGAAGAAGUUGCGGGUGGCUCGAAAUUCGGUCCAGAGGCUCCGAACUUCUCCGGUAGCGCCAGGCGACGCUUUUUUUGGCCAAGGGUAACGGUGAAGGUUUUUUUUCGUACGCAAAAGAAGUGUGCAGCGGCACGGAGAGGCGGAGAGGUUUCCCAGUGGUGUCUAGUUACAAGUGAUUUCGUGAAACAAUUCAGUGGUGAUUGUAGGAAUGUGCCGGAAGGGAACUUCGGCCAGGUUGGCCCUGCUUCUGCAGCUGCUGCUGUUCAUCCUGCCAGGAUUACUGAUGCCAGCUGACGCCUCCAUCAUCGUCAAGGAUAGUGAAUACGAAAACACUCCACUGCACAUGGCCGAAGCGGUCCAGGGAAUGACGGGGAAGCUGGAGUGCAACAUCACGUCUCCGAUAGCCGGCGACCGGGCGAUCCUGGUCAUUUGGUACAAGGGUGGACAGACGAUUCCGUUGUACACCUUUGAUGCCCGAGACACCCGCGAAGGCUCCCACCGCAGUUCCAACUCGUCGUUCGAUGGACGGGCCAGUUUCUAUCCGAACCGAGUGCCGGCGACGCUGGAAAUCCGGCAGACGAAAAGCUCCGACAGUGGAGUCUACCGGUGCCGGGUGGACUUCCACAAGAGCCCCACCCGAAACACGCGGGUGCAGCUGUCCGUGAUAAUUCCACCGGAGAAGCUGCAGAUCGUGGAUUCCGGCGGCCACAGCAUUCCCCACUACAUCCUGGGUCCGUACAACGAGGGAGCUUCGGUGAAUUUUACCUGCGUGGCAAGCGGUGGUCGCCCAACACCCACCGUGAACUGGUGGUACGACAACGAAAUCGUAAACCACUCGUCCACCAUCCUGUCGGAGCGGCGAGUGAAAAACACCCUGAUCCUGAACCGGCUCGAGCGGAAACACCUGAAGGCCAUCUUCACCUGCACGGCGUCGAACAACAACGUCACAAAUCCCAUCUCGGCGUCCGUCACCCUCGACAUGAACCUACGCCCUCUGCUGGUCAGAUUGCAAGGCAAGAACCGGUCGCUGUCCGCGAACCAUACGUACGAUCUGCAGUGCGAAGUGCACGGUUCCCGGCCGGCUCCCAUCAUUACCUGGUGGAAGGGAAGCACCCAGAUGCGUGGUCAUCACGAAACGACCGAUCCCGAAGGAAACCUGACGGUGUCUAUUCUGAGUUUUCGACCGACCAUCAACGAUCAGGGCAAAUAUUUGUCCUGCCGGGCCGAGAUGGCCGUCAUUCCGGAUGCUGGCAAAGAGGACGGAUGGAAGCUCGAAAUAUACCAUGUUCCCGUGGUAACACUGGAGUAUGGCACCAACUACAACUACACUUCGUCGAUCCGUGAGGGUGCCGAUGUCUACUUCGAGUGCAACAUAAAGUCCAACCCGUGGGUGUACAAAGUUAUUUGGCGUCAUCAUGGUCGAGAGCUGCUGAACAACCCGUCGGAGGGAAUUAUCGUAUCGAACCAGAGCCUGGUGCUGCAGAACGUGAGCCGCUCGAGAGCCGGACUGUACACCUGCGUCGGAAGUAACCGGGAAGGCGACGGCGAAAGCAAUCCCGUUCAUCUGGAUAUUAAGUUUGCCCCCGUCUGCCGGCCCGGUCUGGUCACCACGUACAAUGUCGGUCGGUACGAGCAGGCGAAAAUUUCCUGCGAACUGGAAGCAAAUCCGACCGACGUCACCUUCGUCUGGAAGCACAACACCUCGGUCUCGGAAACGUUGGACAUCCCGUCGACGCACGUCAGCAGCGAACAGGCCAAAAGUAUCUUCCGCUUCAAGCCGAUCAGCGAGAGUGUAAGUGACUAUGGCACCCUUCUGUGCUGGGGAAGCAACGAAAUCGGCACUCAAACCGAGCCCUGUGUGUUCAAUCUCAUCCCAGCGGGCAAACCCGAUCCACUUUCCAACUGUACCAUCCUGAAUCAAACGUUCGACAUGCUGCAAAUUGAAUGCCUGGAAGGAUUCGACGGUGGUCUGCAUCAGGAGUUUCUGGCGGAAAUGUACGUCAUUGGCAAUCGCCAGCUGAUUGGAUCCAUCAAAACCAGAAUUCCCAUUUUCGAACUCAAAGGACUGGAACCGGGAGUCGGCUACAACAUAUUUCUAUCGGCUAGGAACUCGAAAGGAGCCAGCGAGCCGACCUAUCUGCAAGCCUUUACCCUGAAGAAUCCGGAAAAACAAACUGAUUUAUCUCUGGUGUACGCUCCGACGCUGCACCAGAUCAAGCCAUUCAUCGGUACCCUGCUGGGUGUGGUGGCGGCCAUCAUCUCGAUCGCAUCCAUCAUCGUGAUGGUCACUCGAUUGCGUGGCUCCGCCGGCCGGGACCGGGACUGCAGCAAUAUGUCCACCAACGACGCAUCCGGCAUCAGUCAAUCGCUGCCAACCGACGGGGAACUGGUGCGGGAACAGCAGUGCAACGGCAGCAUCGACAGUAUCGAGAAAAAUCCGGACAUCAUUCCGCAAGGGAAACUUCCGCACCUGUUGGAAGAAGAUGAGAAAGCCUUCGAGUGGCUCAACAGUAGUGCCCACCCGCGGCUGUACGCAACCGCGGCCCUGGCCGAGCAGCAACACCAGCAGGUCGGUGGGGGCCUGCUGGGACAGCCGGGGGUGGCCCCGCUCGGAGCCUACGAUAGUCGGGCGUUCUAUGCGACGAUGCGCGACGGUGCCUGCAUGCAGCAGAACGUCUACCCAACGAUGCUAACCGAUAAUCAAAAUUACAUCCCGGUGCACAGUGCCAUCAUCCCGACGCCGGUGAUAGGCGGCUACGGUAGCGACAGUCACAAGCACGAUCUAACGUACGCCGACCUGACAACGAUGGCCGGCGGUGGCGGUCCCGGUGGUGUCCCGAUACCGCACAAGCAGCAGAUGUACGUGAGCGCAACUCUCGGCAGACCCCGGCAGUCGGACAUCAAACGAAGCGAGCCAACGAUCUAUGCUCAGAUUGAUUUGGCACACCAUCCAUCGGUACACUCAACAAAUUUGGUUUAUACAAAUACCCGGGCCGGUAUUCCAAUUUCGCACACUGGCCAUCAGCAGCAGCAACAACAACAACACCAAUACCAGCAACAACAACAGCAGCAGCAGCAGCAGCAUCAUCAGCCAACAACGUCCCUGGGGAUGAUGAUUCCAACUCCCACCUCGGCGGCCGUCAGCCUCACGGAACGAUUCCCUCCACCGCCGCUCUUCGCUGGCCACGUACCCGUCAGUAAUUCUUCACUAUGUUCAAAUGAAGCGCCCUCCAGCCUGCUGCAAACCGUACCGGAACUGCAACCACUUUGCAGCACUCCCGAUUCGGUUGCCUCGUCCGGUCCAUCUUCCGCCACCAGCGACCGGCUGCUGCACAAUGCGACCCGUUUCUGAUAGGAAGCGCACCCUUAGAUACCUCCUCCUUCCAGUAACCCGCCCCCGAAAUAGUGAAACCGAACCGAGUCGGUUGGUGUGAAUUCCGUGUUGCCAGGUGAGGCGGAAUGUUUCGAACAGGUCGCAAACGAGUGCGGACUAAAGUGCGGUAACUUCAAAUCUACUUAUACUAAACCUAUACAUUCGAUCUACAACUCAACUGAAAUCUUCUACUAAAGUGAAACCAUCAACUUCUAAGAAACUGGAUAUUUAGAGGAAGAUAACAAAAAAAAGGUAAAAAAAAAUGUCCGUCGCAUAGGCGAAACUAAUUCUGUUAUGUAAAUAUGGUUGGACUCUGAAACGAGACAAAAUAACGAAGAAAAAAAAACUAGUAAGUAGUGAAACCAGAUGAGAUGUAAUUAAUUUUUAUAUAUAACAACCAAUAAAAAAAACAACAACAACCAAACUAUUUAGAAUAACGUAAACGAAAAUCAGCAAACUACAAACGAGACAACUUUUCAAAUUUCAAUCAAAAAAAAAAUCAUCUAAGGUCAACAACAACAAAAAAACAACAACGGCUAGUUAUAUCGAACAGUUGUAAAUAGUUCAGGAUCCAUUUUUUGAAUAGAUAUAAAUCCGAAUGAAACAAAUAAUCAAAUGCCCAAAUGUGGAAGGCGUAAAACAAGAAAAAAAACACACACACACAUUAACAAUGUACGCGAUGGUAUGUUAACAAAUCCAAAAAUAAUAAAAAAAACAGUAUAAAUUACAUAAGUGGAAACACCUGAAUUCGGGGGAGAUUGUUUUCUGUUUUUUUUUUCCACGAAACACAAUUUUUCUUGUUUGGUGAGAGAGCGAGGAAUAUUUCAUCUAUAGGCAAUGGAGAAAGAAGAGCAGAAGUACGUUUAAAUUUGUAAAGAAAAAAAAUAUGUCCUUACCAGGUGUUAGUACUAAAACCAAAAAAAAAAAAUAAACAAAAAACGGGGUGGGACUAGCAAAGGUGGUAACUAGCCAAGGCGCAGUGGAAAGUCUAAUGUUUGUUAUAAAGAAUCCGUUGGAACUAUGUAAGGUAAGCAUGUCAAAGUUAUGGAGGAAACCGCGAAUAAAUAUAAAAUGCAGGGAUUAUUUAUCGA